GCGCCGGCAGCGCCUCGGAGAACACAGUAGUCCGGGAGCCCGGGGGCCGCACCUGCCGCGCCUGCUGCUGUCGCCCGGUGUGCGGCGGGGGGUGCCUCUAGCGCAGCUGCCGUUUCUCUCCUCUCUCCUUCAUAACAACGAAGAGGAAGUUAACACAACAGCGAAAGCACCGAGAUGGCAGACUUCAGGAAGAAGAAGCUGAUGUACGUCUUCAGCGUUUUCUUUGAUGUCAACAGGAGUGGUACUAUUGAAAAGAAGGAUUUUGAAAUCGCUAUUGAGAAAAUCUGCCGCACCCGUGGCUGGGCCGAGGGCAGUGCCGAGCAGCAGAAGACCCGCAACACCCUGCUGCAGGUGUGGGAGGGGCUCCAGCAGAGGGCCGACGCCAACAAAGAUGGACAGGUGAGCGAGACGGAGUGGGUGCAGAUGUGGGAAGACUUCGCCAAGAGCGGCGACUCUGUGCUGGAGUGGCAGAGCCGCUACAGGGACUUCAUGUUCCAGCACGUCGAUUCCUCAGGUGACGGAACCAUCGACCUGGACGAGUUCAUCAGUGUCUACACCAGCUACGGCAUCUCAGAAGAUGAGUGCAGGAAGGCCUACAGCAAGUUCACCAACAAUCAAAGUGUGCAGGUGACACCACAAGUCUUUGAGAAGCUGUGGAGGGAAUUCUUCUCUUCAACAGACCCCGAAGCUCCGGGAAACUUCAUCUUUGGCAAAACUUCAUUCAAUUAGGCUUUGCCGAGAAGACGGAGAGAGGAAGAGGGGGAAUCGCGAUGGUGGAGGGAUGAGAAAACGAGACAUACAGAAAUGGCAUUCUCUUACGGAUAUGCACAGGUGAAGGUCCAUUAAUUCAGUGUCGUGCGUUACUGCUUUGCUAUCUGUGUCGUCAGGAAGAGUAACGGUACGUACACGUACGUACUGUUGCGAGACAGGAAACCUGGUCGACUGUCUCCUCCACUCAUCUGUGGCCCCAAAUUUUGUGUUAAAUUUCUCUCCGGGCAACAAAAAGGAAAAUCCCUGUAUAAGCAGAUUGCUGGUAUAUACAUAUACUUACGAAUAUAUAUAAAGUAUUGCUAUUGUUUUCAUCCUAUUAUCAAAGUAAUGUUCUGCAUGCAUGAUAAGCACACACUGUGUUAACUUUGUCUGGACCUGUCACGUAACUCUUCUUUAAGCUCCUCUAUUAAAAUUAUGUGUAUGCUUACAAACAUUACAGAUAACUAUUUUAUAUAAUGUAAGAAACUGGUGCAGAUUGUAUACUACUCCAUAUAUUGAACAAUAAUUUGUAUUUAUCUGACAUAUUGAAAAGAAAUAAAUGGCUUUGCCAAACAA